CCUGUCUGCCUGUCAGGCUGGGCUGGAUCGGGAUGACAGUGACAAUGACCACCACCGCCCCGUCAGCCUCGGCUCGUUGUUGUGCGUGCCCCAGAUUUGCAUUCGAGCCCGUCUUGUGAAAGUUGCCGUCCCCUUCCGCGGGCCUCCGCCUGCACACCUGCACUCCCGCACUCCCGCACACCUGGAUCUGUGUUUUGUGCAUGAGCUCGUGCGCAUGGUGUGCCAUCAUGUGCAACGCAGGUUGGCAGGCAGAUGGUUGCCACAAGGGAGGUGAAUAUCCAUCAGAUCCACGGCCAGGCGGCCAGGGAGCGAGGUGACUCUGCGAGAGCCCUCCUCCUGCCCUCUGUCCCCGGGCCUCGGCGUUCCCUGCCGUUCCCUUUGCCACUUGACAAGUACUUGCUUUGCUGUUGUGCGUAAGUUGUCCCGGUGGAUAUCGGCACGAGGGGUGGGAAAAAAGCUGUGCAGCAUCUGCAUCUCUUGGACCCACCAACAAAACGGAAGCAGACAAAACGAGCACAGGAUUUCCAGGGAACUGGACCUGGGCCGUUGUCCGACUUGGGAAGCUCCACUCCCCCGCGGUUCCAUUCGCCCCUGCCGCAUCCUCAAUUCCCAACAAGACCGUUUGCUGCUUGGGUCUUGAAUAAUAAUAAAGCUCCACGCCCUCUGGUACCUUUUUCCCGCCAUUCCGCUUGCUGGCCGGUUGUGUCAGUUUCUUUCCUUCUUGACCCAAAUCACCAACCCCCACCCAUCUUUUUAAGCCGCCGUUGGUACCUUCAGAACCUCAGGUGUUCUGGGUAUUCCCACACCACACCGAGGGAGGCUCGCCUUGGACCUUUACACCCUUCGCCGUCCGCACAACACCACCUCGCCCAACAUGGCCUCCGCAUCAGCGGCCCAGGUCCCCGCCCAGGUCCAGCCUGAUGGCACCAGCGACUACAAGCCCGCUCGUGGAAAGGCCUAUGACAUGAAGAAGCCUCACAUCACUGAGCAGCCCAUCACGCUCAAGAACUGGCACAAGCACGUCAACUGGCUCAACGUCACCUUCAUCAUCAUCGUACCUCUGCUGGGAUUAAUUUCCACCUACUGGGUGCCUCUGCAAUUCAAGACCGCCGUCUGGUCCGUCGUCUACUACUUCAACACCGGCCUCGGAAUCACCGCCGGCUACCAUCGUCUAUGGGCACACCGCAGUUACAAGGCUUCCCUGCCUCUCCGGAUUUACCUCGCUGCCGUUGGAGCCGGUGCCGUCGAGGGUUCUAUCCGAUGGUGGUCUAGGGACCACCGUGCCCACCACCGUUACACCGACACCGUCAAGGACCCCUACUCUGUGAGGAAGGGCCUGAUGUACAGCCACAUUGGCUGGAUGGUCAUGAAGCAGAACCCCAAGCGAAUCGGCCGAACCGACAUCACCGACCUCAACGAGGACCCCGUCGUCGUCUGGCAGCACCUGAACUUCAUCAAGUCCGUCAUCUUCAUGGGCGUCGUCUUCCCGACCUUGGUCGCCGGUCUCGGCUGGGGUGACUGGUGGGGUGGCUACGUGUACGCCGGCAUCCUCCGCAUUUUCUUCGUCCAGCAGGCAACCUUCUGUGUCAACAGUUUGGCCCACUGGCUCGGAGAUCAGCCCUUCGAUGACCGCAACAGCCCCAGGGACCACGUCGUGACCGCCCUCGUUACCCUCGGCGAGGGAUACCACAACUUCCACCACGAGUUCCCCUCCGAUUACCGUAACGCAAUCAGCUGGUGGCAGUACGACCCUACCAAGUGGUCCAUCUGGCUCUGGAAGCAGCUCGGCCUUGCCUCCGACCUCAAGACCUUCCGCCAGAACGAGAUCGAGAAGGGCCGUCUGCAGCAGCAGCAGAAGAAGCUUGACCAGAAGCGGGUCAAGCUUGACUGGGGCGUGCCUCUUGAGCAGCUGCCUGUCAUCGACUGGGACGACUACGUCGAGCAGGCCAAGAACGGCAGGGGCCUUGUCGCUAUCGCCGGUGUCAUCCACGACGUGACCGACUUCAUCAAGGACCACCCCGGUGGCAAGGCCCUCAUCUCCUCAGGCAUUGGAAAGGAUGCCACUGCCAUCUUUAAUGGUGGUGUCUACCUCCACUCCAACGCUGCCCACAACCUGCUCAGCACGAUGCGUGUCGGUGUCCUCCGCGGAGGCUGCGAGGUUGAGAUCUGGAAGCGCGCCCAGAUGGAGAACAAGGACGUGUCGUAUGUCAACGAUUCGUCAGGCAACCGCAUCAUCCGUGCCGGCAAUCAGCCAACAAAGGUCCCCAUGCCUGUUGCGAGCGCUGAUGCUGCAUGAGCGUGCGAAGGAUUUGAUUUCGCACCCUCCCCGAGUCAGCGAGGGGAGAGAAACUGCCCCGGGUGGUACUGCUGCGGGGAUGGUGUUCCCGUCGCGGCUAGCGCCACCACGACACGGUGACGAUCGUUCGGGUUAUGCCGCACGGGCUCUCUCUGUCGUUCUCUGGCACCGCUGCUUUUUCUCGCAAAAGAUUGGGUUUAGAGGCGUUCAAGGGUUUUACCGGGUAAUGGAAAGGCGGAGUUUUGAGCGCAUUUAUUUUGUCCGGAAUACAAUCAGGGACGCACCGUCAGAUGUUUGGGUCUGUCCACCAGCAAGAGCAUAGCAGAUAGUCUUCUCAUCAUGAAGAACAAGGUCAUUUUCGGCCCA